AUGCUGUUCAUUUCGCAUGAAUUGACACAACAAAAUAUCAAUUCAAACAAAAGUUAUAAGUACUUUUCAAAACUCCAGCUUGUACAACUGGAGAAGCAAUUCUGCACUGACAAGUAUUUGUGCCGACGCCGGUGCACCGACAUGGCACAAGAAUUAAACCUGACAGAACGCCAAGUCAAAGUACGGUUUCAAAAUCAGAGGAUGAAGUUCAAAAAGGAACAGGAACAAAGAGCCUACUCGGACAUUCCCUUCGUCCACUCCUAG